GUUUCCUCUCCCCAAAAGUCUCCAUACCUUCCCAUGAAGGUGGGUUAAUUUAAUUUUUCGUUUGUGUUUUUGCUUUUAUUCUACCAUAUGCUGUCUGUAUCUGUUGCGAAAUCUCGCACAUCAAUAAUUUUUGUUUUUGUAAAGUGGAAACACCAGAUGAAUUCUUUCUGGGCGCCAUAUUUUGAUACUCGUGUUGUUUGCAAACUCUAUCUCUGAAUAUUCUCAUUUUUCCGAUCAGAAGUUCUGUAAGAACCGAAGUAUUAUAAAGAUUCAGUAAAGACAGACUCGAGGGAACAGUUGGGUGAUAUUUUUAAUCGAAAUUUGACCGCACGUGUGAUCGUACGGGGAAAUUUGGGAAAAGAUCAAAAGCUGAAACCAUGUCUAGGAAAUGUGAUGUUUGUAAGAAGGUAUUUUCUACGAAAGGAGAUUUGCUGAAACAUGAAAGAACACAUACUGGAGACAAACCUUAUGAAUGUGAUGUUUGCAACAGAAGAUUUUCGCAGUCGAGCCACUUAGCUACCCAUAAGAGAACACACACUGGAGACAAACCUUAUGAAUGUGAUGUUUGCAACAAAAGAUUUCUGCAUUCAGGUAACUUAGCUACACAUAAGAGAACACACACUGGAGACAAACCUUACGAAUGUGAUGUUUGCAACAAAAGGUUUUCGCGGUCAGACGUUUUAGCUAUCCAUAAGAGAACACACACUGGAGAGAAACUUUAUGAAUGUGAUAUUUGUAAUAAAAGAUUUUUUCAUUCUGGCAGCUUAGCCAUACAUAACAGAACACACACUGGGAACAAACCUUAUGAAUGUGAUGUUUGCAACAAUAGAUUUUCGCACUCAAGCACCUUAGUUAUACAUAAAAGGACACAUACUGGAGACAAACCUUAUAAAUGUGAUGUAUGCAAUAAAAGAUUUUCUGACUCAAGCACCCUAACUAAACAUAAGAGAACACACACUGGAGACAGACCUUAUGAAUGUGAUCUUUGUAAGAAGAGAUUUUCACACUCCGGCCACUUAACUACACACAAAAGAACACACACUGGAGACAGACCUUAUGAAUGUGAUGUUUGUAAGAAGAGAUUUUUUCAUUCAAGCCACUUAACUAGGCAUAAAAGAACACACACUAGAGACAAACCUUACCAAUGUGACGUUUGCAACAAGAGAUUUUCAGAAUCACACAAGCUAACACGACAUAAAACGUCAGCACACAAGAGAAAUCAGAGUUUUGGGUGCGGUAUCUGCAAGAAAACAUUCGCAAAACGACAAAGUCUCAGACGUCACUGGAGGUCACACUGGAGAGAUGGCUUAUUAUUGUGCCACACCUGUGGCAAAGAAAUUAUUGAAGGUCAAGGACAUGCUAAUGAGAUUCUGAGUGAAGAUCAUUUUGUCUGUGACAAAUGCAACAAACAGUUCCCUGAUAUUGAAAGUUUAUAUCAGCACAAGGCUGAAGACCAUGGUACGUCCUACCAAUGUGAUGUCUGUAAGGAAUUAGAAGCAAGAGAAGCAACUGGUAUUGGUUAUAUCUGUUGUGUCUGCAAUGCUGAGUUUGAAAUUGCCACUGAACUUGAAGAUCAUAUGAGUAUGCAUGACAAUGUGCUGCCCCACUAGACUAGCAACAUAAAUUGAAAAUAUUUGGGUGAUACAGUAUGUUGUAAUGUGUUGAAAUUUAUGUUGAAAUUAUUUUGAGAUUGUUUGAAGUUGAUUAACUUGUUUUUACAAUGUUGAAAACGAUACACACC